CAAAAGAACUGGAAUUAUGGUGAAUCGACAAGAAUUAAGGAUUUUCCUCAUAAAUGAAUUCCAAUUCCUAUCAAUCUCAACAACAACACAUCCAUUCCAUUUCCUUAUAAAUACUUCAUUUCAAGCCCUAGCUUUCUCAUUCGAUAUUAAACUCCAAAUAUGAAGAAUUUUCUCAUUUCUUCUCUUGUUUUCUUCCACCUUACGCUUGUGUCAGUGAGGUCCGAUGUUAUCCAAGAAACUUGCGAUAAAGCUGCAAGGGGUGAUCCUGCUACUAUAAGGUUGGACUUUUGUUUGUCAGCUUUUGAAGGGAAUCCCAAAGCCAAAUCAGCCACCAGUGUUGCGGAUUUAGUUGAAAUCUCCAUUGAGACAUCCAUAGCUAAUGCCACCAGCAUGGGCUCCUUAAUAACUAGCCUUUUGGAUAACAAAAGCAUUGGAAUAUUUGCUAGGAAUUGCUUGGAAGAUUGCUCUGAGCUUUACUCUCUUGCAGGGUCUAAUUUACGAAGAGGUGGGAAGGCUUUUGAGGGUAAGGAUUUCGGAACUGCUAAUAUAGAAAUAACUGCUGCCAUGGAUGCACCAGUCACUUGUGAAGACGGGUUCAAGGAGAAAGGGUUGGUGUCGCCGUUGACAAAGGAAAACAAGAAUUUUUUUCAGCUAACUGCUAUCCCUCUUGUAUUCAUGAAAAUGGUCCAGAAAUGA